AUGGCUUUUGGCGUGUGUUCUAAGUUGCGUCUCGUCCCGGGCGCAAUAUACCCUCCGAACUUUCAAAUCUAUCGAUUUCUCACAUUUUUCCUUGUUAACUCCAGCCUUCUCCUCCUUACAUUGGAUGUUCUCGGCUUCCUUAUUUUCGAUUGUUUUGUUCGCAAUCGAUGGAAUCUAGCUGAAAGGUGGAAAUAUCUUGUUUUGUGUUCAUGCAUUCCCGGAUUUCUUUGCCUCGUGUACUACUAUAUAAAAUUCGCGAACUCCAAAACUGAGGCGGACAUCUACUCAACCUACGUCUCGGGCUCCAGUGCCUUCGUUGCUGCAGUUUUUGUAGUGGUCAAACAGCUUUCUAGUGAAUCAAUGGGCGGCCGGUACUCUUUACUUCUUCACCAUUAUUCUGCUCUCGCCUACCUUACCUGUGUCCUUGUUCUUUCCUUAGUUGAGUUUAUCCCACCGAUUUCUUGUUUAUAUUCGUUCUUGGGCUUCUUAGUCGGAUGGACCUAUUUGCGGUUCGUGCAAAAACACACCGAUGGUAAAAGGGGCGACUUCCGCACAUCUUUCGCUUUCGUCAGGUACGUUUCUUAGUAUGUUUUAGUCCCCUUGUCGGAUUUUAAUGUAGCAUACCAGUAUAUGCGUCAUUAAGUUGUAAAAUGAAGUAGUUCUCUGAAUUCUUAAACACUUUCCCGUUCGCACGCUUGAAUGUUCGUCUCUCAUCUGCUCCUGGUGUGGCAUAACUACUGCAAACCAACACAGCCGAUACCUUGAGCGCAGGGGACCGUUCUAGUCUAUGACCUUGGUCGGGAAAGAAGGUGGAAGCUAGUGGUUAUCAUUGAAAUGCUCAGUACCCAAGGCAGUUGCAAGCAUUCUUUAACUCAUCCGGUGACAGCGGUGUCUGCAUCAACUCAAGACGCCUAGAGGUGGCACCCAUAACGAAAAAUUCUCUGUCAGUUCUGAACAAUGAUGGCAAAGGCGGCCAGAGGUGAUUGCAAAAAGUACUGGUGAUUGAGCAAGUGCGGAGAAAUAAAGGUCGUUCUGGAUGACUGGGGACCAACCAUCUUUGCCCCUGUCCUGAAGGUCAAGUGCCCGAACUACCGUGAUAUAAGCCUCAUCGACGUUACUUCAGGGGCCUUUGCUAUUGUCAUACUCUGGUGACCUCAGAGCGUGCCCGACUGGGACGAGACCAAAGCAAAUUAGGUCCUGAGCCAUAUAUGGGUUGGUCAACCAGGCACUCACACUUCGUGGUAUUCUUGGAUUCUGCAAUGCCUGCCAACAACCGACGACGGUCUUCUUCGUUGACUUUGCCGCAACGUUCGGCUCUGUGCAUCGUGAGCCACUGUGGCGGAUAAGAGCUGGAUGACAUGCCGGCAAAAAUUGUUGUGUGAUCGAGACCCGCUAUCACACAACCACUGUACGAGUUCUGACCCACACCAAUCUCUCGCAGUCGCUCGAUAUUCGCUCUGGCGUUCAAUGAGGUUGUACUAUCUUGUCCUUCCUGUUAAAAUACGUCAUUGAUUGGAUUUUUUGAAGGGCUCUAAGCGGUUCUGACAGCAUUGAAUUUGCAUCCGUACGCCGGUUGACUGAUCUAGACCACGAUGACGACAUCAGUCUGCUUGCUUCAAGCAUUGGUGACCUACAGUCUGUAGUGCGCGGGCGAAUGAGGUCGCUAAACUGGUAGGUUUAUUCAUAUACGCUGGGAAGACCAUUCUUUUCGAGCUGUAUCACUGGUUAGGACACCCCUGGGGAUUAACAGUUAUCACUUCGAAGAAGUGGGCAAUUUCAAAUAUACGGGAGCGCAUUUCCCGCCAAAUGGACAGACAUAAGACGACAUUGGGUUCUGAAUCAAUGCUACCUGCAGAGUUUUCAGUUUUUAAGAAGUACUUAUGGACUUGACGCGACAUCUCCUUCACCAAAAAGAUCAGCGAGUACCCGGCAUCCGUCCGUCCAGCUCACUUAUACAGUUGUAAAUGCUAAGCCAUACGCGUGGAAGGCAGGACUAGAUGAACAGGAUGAACGUAUUCUAUGUCACAUGCCUGUCUCAAUAACCGGUAGAGGUUGAGCUUGAUCUGCUAUUCACAUACAAUGCUGGCUUCCGAUCUAACAAUAAAUAGGGUCGUCCACUAACUGUCAAGACGAAGAUCGCGGAGAGGAGUUAACGGAAAGGGGGUUGUUUUAGAAACAAUUCCGGCGAUUGAGACCGUUCGCUUGGUCUUUGGCAAUUAGUUGCGGUCUGGGAAUGAAUAUCGCUAAGCGGCUGCCGCGGAUCACGGCCUGGUGCGACCUAGAAUGGCCUACAUUGUGACCCACUAGCAGAACGUCACGCCUAACAAAGUCAAUGAAUGACAGAUUUAUGCCUCGACAGAUGUGUCCCGUUUCGCAUGACAAACAAAAUUUAUUUGGGAAUGGGAUCUGUUGCUCAUAAACUACUCAUUUAUUUGCACUGAAGACGACAUUCAUGGCGAGUUUCAGGUUCACUGCGUCACGAAUGGUAGUCUUCCGCUGUUUUCGGUUUCCGCGGACUAUUUGGCAUGCAAGUCUCAGCUUCAAUCGUGUCUAUCCACACCCAACAGGACCUUCAGUCAAGACUAGGUUCCAGGUGAGAUGACAACCCGGACGAUUUUGCAUCCUGCGCAAGGCAGCAUAAUGUUAGUCUGCGAGUCAAAAAGGUGGCAGUGGACGAAUUGAGUUCCCAACGAACUAUAUGGCAGUUUUGUUGAAGACACAAUCACAGAGGCAGAUUCGGACAAUCGAGUGCGGACAAUGUCAUUCGGAUACCUUCGGGCGCGUAUUUUCUGAGCACCCAAGUAAUCCCAAAUACAUGGAAAAAUGGUCUUCACGAAGGCCUCGCAUAUUGGCAGCUUAGUCGAUCUCACACCAAUUCCAGAAGCUUUGACAAAGUUUGGCAAGGGCCGCGCAUGGCCGGUUUAUCCGAGCGUGGAGUCCAUCUUUGCCCUAACCGUUUGAUGCCAAGUCCGACCGAAGACAACAUUAGCUCUUCGCUAGCUCAACAGUUUCACCGUAUGCCGUGGUCGGACAUAUGCUUCGGACUUCGAAGCCCAAGACAACCAUUUUGUUCUUCAAACGGCUAUUUUUAGACCAAACUCGACCACUUUUACCCCUAUGUGGAAGACGGCGCAUCAUAUUUCCCAAAAAUAAGCUCGAAAGCACCAGAAAGCUAACGGCCCAGUCCAUACAUAGGGUAAACGGAAAAGAACCAUGGGGUGGUGUGCUGGCGCAUUUUUAUGGCUUCGUCCCAUUAAAUAUAUGAAUAAACGUGGUGGAGAACGCAGCUCUGCGGAGGCCAGAUAUAACAGCUAAGAAGUAACUUCCUCCCAUUCACAGAGACUUUCGUUCUUGAUCUACGAUAGUUGGCGCUCAAUAAAAGUAGCCGUAUUGGAAUGCUGUUAACUAGCAUGACCAGUGACAAGGAACCCCGACUAACUGUCAGGUACGGAAUCGAAAUCCACGAAAAAGAACAGAAGGGCUUGUUGGUGCCAGUGGCGGUGUUAGACAACUCGACGAGACAAGACGUGUUGAACAGAUCACCUCCUCGGCACCUUAAUGCUUGGUGAAGGAUUUUGCUUACGACUAAAAUUCGGGAUUUUGAUACAAGUUGGGUUCGUUAGGCACCCAAUUCUAUCUUUAGACAGAAGUCCAGUCCAUGAGGCAGCCAUAAAGCGUAUGAUUUACGCCAUAACGCUCUCUUCGCAGCAUACGACGCGUUGUAAAAUAUCCGAUGUGAUGGACCCCAACAUUUUGCACCCUGCUAACGCUACGGCUGCUGGUCAACAAAUGAUCUAUUUUCCCCACUCCGGUCUGCUUAUGUCUAUGCUCACGUUUGCUGAGGUUCGUUCUAUCAACUGCCAUUCUUAGACGAACCGGAGACGACCCGAGCCGACGGAGAAGUCAGUAACCAGUGGUCGUCACUGAAGACAUCAGUCUAUGGGGCAGCUGAGAAAAUCCUUGGAUACACCCAGCGACGCCGCAGUGACUGGAUCAGCGGAAGAACUCUGCAGUUGUCUGCUCAGACGACUAGAGCCAGGUCCCGCAACGAUGACUACUUCCGCCAACUUCGGAAGAUGACUGCAAAAUCGACCAGGGAUGACCGGAAACAAUGUUGGGCUGAAAUAGCGACAUCCAUGGAACAGGCCUCGAACGUUGGUGACACUCGAAAGCUCUACCGUCUAAUCCGCCAAGUUAGUGGUAAGCCCUCUACACCGACUGACUCUGUUCGCGAUGUGAACGGCGGCUUUAUUGCUAACAACUCGGCCAAAGUCGAGCGCUGGCGUGAGCACUUUGAGCACCAUCUCAACUUCGAUACCCAACCUACAUCGUCCUUGUUCUCCUCCUCAGCGGAGUUUCUUCCCUCUCCUACCUAUGCAGUGCCAUGCGAUCCCCCCUCCGAGGAAGAAGUCGCCGAUGCCAUACGAAAGUUGCGCAACAAUAAGGCACCCGGAGAGGACGGUAUACCCGCUGAAAUCUUCAAGUCUUGUGUCGACACUCUGGCGCCCUGGCUCCAUGAGGUGAUUGAACGAGCGUGGAGAGACGAGGUUGUUCCUGCUGAUGACUGGGGCUUAGGCAUCCUUGUACCUAUCCUCAAGAAGGGAGAUAAAACGAGAUGCGAGAACUACCGCGGCAAAAGUCUCAUGGACGUUGCUGCGAAGAUCUUCGCUAUUGUCCUACUCAGGCGAUUCCAGGCUGUGCGUGACUCAAGGACGAGGCCCAACCAAGCCGGAUUUCGUGCUGGACGUGGAUGCGCAGAUCAGAUAUUCACACUGAGGCGCAUUCUCGAAUUUCGCCAUAGCUACCAACAACCGACGGCCGUCUGCUUCGUUGACUUUGCCGCCGCUUUCGAUUCCGUUCACCGUGAGUCCCUGUGGCGGAUGAUGGCGCUAGAUGGUGUACCGGCAAAAAUCAUCGCCAUGAUCAAGGCCUACUAUCGCUCCACUACUGCGAGAGUCCUGGUCCGUAACAAUCUUUCCCAACCGUUCGGUAUUCGGUCUGGUGUCCGACAGGGUUGUAUCCUGUCACCCAUACUGUUCAACUACGCUAUUGACUGGAUCCUCGGGAGGGCCCUACCCGACAGUGACGGCGUUGAAUUUGCACCCGGACAUUGACUGACUGAUCUCGACUAUGCCGAUGAUAUCGCCUUACUUGCUUCAAGUUUUGGUGAUCUGCAGUCUAUGGUGUCACGGGUGAACGAGGUCGCUAAUUCAGUCAGUUUGUCCGUAAACGCUGGGAAGACCAAAGUAUUCUCAAGCUGCAUCCCUGACCAGGAGAAGGCACCCCUGGGGAUUGAUGGCUGUCAACUUGAAGAAGUGGACAGUUUUAAAUACCUCGGGACGAGGCUGCUGCCUAGUGGACAGAGUAAGGACGACAUUGUCUCCCGAAUCGAUGCUGCCCGCUGGGUUUUUUCAAGCCUCCGGAAAUGCCUGUGGAACCGACGUGACCUCUCCCUCGCCAUUAAGAUUCGCGUGUACCGUGCAUCUGUCCGGUCCGUCCUUCUCUACGGUUGUGAAUGCUGGGCUUUACGCGUGGAGGAUGAGCGAAAACUGGAGGUAUUUGAUCACCGCUGCUUGAGGAUCAUCCUUCGAGUGAAGUUAACCGACUUCGUCUCAAAUGAGACAGUCCGCGCUCGCUGCGACAACAUCGCAAGGAUAACUCAGGCCAUCCAAGAAAGACGACUGAGGUGGUUCGGGCAUGUUCUUCGUCGUCUACCUCAGUAGCUCAGUGUUACUGCCCUCGAUCCGGCACCGUUGCCCCAUUGGAGGCGUCGAAGAGGGGGUCAGUUCAAAACCUGGCUCGACACUGUCCGUCAAGACAUGGAAAUGGUUCACGGACCUUCGGUAUUCGGUCUCUGUCGUUGGCGAAGAGAAUGGGUUGAGCUGUGUAAAUCUGCUGCCGCAGAUCGUCACGCGGGGAGAGGUACAGUUCGGGACAUUAUCGAGGCCGGCUAGAUCAGGCAUGAUCGCAGCCGUAUCAAGUUCAAGUAAGUACAAGAACCGGAGGACCAGCAAUUAUGUGAACAGGCAGGUUUACACGUUACGGAUGACAGUGCGAGCGUUUAACGCUGUCCACUUAGCAGUAAAAUGGAGUACAUUCCGAAACUGCAGGCAGAAUUGGGAAAUUUUUUAGUUUACCACGAGAGAUUAUUGUCUACUCGAUCUCUCGGACGGCUUGAUAUACAGCCUAUUUUCGAUCAAUAGUCCACGAAAGAUCGUUCGCUUAUAAUAAAACAAUGGAGAAUAGCUCUCAUGACGGUCUUUUUGUGACUUCUUAAGGAAAAGGCUAUAAAGGAAAGUGCCUGAAACUUCGAGCAAAGUGGUUUUCUCGCGUUAGCCGUCCACGACUUUCUGGAAUUUUGCUUUGAUACUCUGGUCUAGUUAGAGUAAAUUUUGUCCGAACUUUGUCGGAGGGUUUUGGAUUCAUCGUGUCCAGCUGGAAGAAAUCUUUUUUGAGUAACUACCGUUUAGUGAAGUUCUACAAUUCUCUACGGUCGUGGCUCACUAGCUUCUUGUUUUUUCAACUACCAGGUGCACGCAAGCAGAAGUCAAGAGACUUGGUACCGUAUAUCAUGCGGAAACUUCGCAGCUGAAACCCAACGUUAUCUUCUGUUGGACUAUAAAGUGUAUAAGCCUUCGAAUCUUCCAUCGUAACAAUGUUAUUUUACAAUUCGCGUAAAUCUAAGUCUUGCACCAAAUCAAUUCAGCUCAUUAAUUGUCAUCUUCCGGUCUGUUUUUUUUCCCGUUAAUAGCCUAGGCUACGUAUGUAGGCAUAUUCGCCCCAUUUUCACCGGCCUUAUUGCAGACAGUGACUAAAUAUAUUACCGAAUUUCCGCGAAUUAAUACGUUUUGCAUCAAAUGAAGUUCUCCUUCGCGUUUUACUCAUUCUAGAUUUUUUCCUCCGCUCCUCCAGCCGGUUUUGGCUCUUCCAGUCAACCUAAUAUAUGCUGUCGUUGUCGCUUUUGGACUGUGCCCAAAAGUUGGACAGCAGUACGAAAUAAUUUCUGCUUCUACUUUCACCUCGGUUGACAUUAAUAGAACUGGCUCCUCAUCAAAGGAUCACUACAAGUAAGAAACAAGUUUUUCCAUAGACCAUUUUUGUCUUCAAUCGCAGGACUCUUUACUUGCCUCCUUCGGCUGUUCAGCCUUGCAGAGUAACCGUUCCGCCUUUUUAUGCUUGGCAUUCAACCAGAUGUAAUUGACUCUUAUGAAGGCACAUGUGAACUUGUGACAUUUUCUGCGGUUCUACUCUUCUCACUCAAGAGCUUGGAGCUUUACCUAGUUUAAUCCUUUUACUGGAUGUUGCAGCCGAUUUUCAUCCUACAACUGUGAUUAUACCCAUUUAUAGGACAUUGGUCUCCUUAGAAUUGUAGUCUACAGGUCUGCGAGGAUUCCACAAACCCAACCUCGUCCAGCGCAAAAGUAAUUUCAGCAUGGAAGCCACGGACUCCCUUAAUCAUGUCACUUUUUUAUGACAAGUGCGGCGGGUGCAUAAAUAAUGUUAAUUGCAAUUUCAAGCGCCAUAGGAUUUGGCGUGUUGUAAUCAGACAGUCCUAUUUUGCUCAGUAUUGCGUCAGCCAUCGCUGGAGCAGGUUUAACCGGCUCACCUGUCCACAGCAUCUUGAACUGAACUGAUGCAUGCUCUUUGAGCUAGUACUAAGUUUUCGAAAAUCGUCCACUCGACGUCCUUUUCUCGAGUACCGAUCUGUUGGGAAUGCCAUUCUCUCCCGUUGUGGCUUUAGCACACCUGGCUGUUUUUCGAUUAAUCAUUACGGCGGAGAUGUUAGCUUGAUCGGGGCUUGGACCGACGCGGUUUGUGGGUAGGCCAUCUGCCAAAGUGACGUUUUGCUGCAUCACUACCAGGUCCCAGAUUGGCCUACCGAGUUUGAUCUCCGAGCUAUCGUUUGCUAGCCGAAGCCGUUAUAUCGUACUGGUGCCUCAUUUGUCAGACACCUUGUUGCGAAUCGCCAGAGCGCAGAUUUCAUUUGUUGCAGUCCAUAUGUAUUAAGGCAUUACGUGCGGUCCUCGCACAACCGGAAACUCGCAAAUACUUGGUUAAGGGAUAUUACGCUUCCUCGAAGAAGUUUCCAAGCGGGUUAGUGUUGAUGCAUCGGAAAUCCGAGAUGGAGAAGUUAAGUUUUAAUUUGAUGUCCGUAUUCUCACUGAGCGCCAUUGACAGGACUUGGUUUGUUAUGUAAUUAAACAAAGUGACUGAAGAGCCUUACCUUUUUAAUAUUGUGGCGCUGGCGAGAGCUACUCGUACUCUACCGUAGACAAAACUGUGCUCGCGCGGGCUUUUGGUAGGCCUCAAUUACGUUUAGUAGUCUCGGGGAUAUGCCACCAAUGCUCCGGUAUUUCAAAAUGCCUCAUGUCUUUUUAAUUUGAGGCCAUAUUCUGCCGAUGUCGGUGCCAACCUCUUUGGAUUUGAUUCAGUCGUUGAAUUUCUUUGACCUUCAGCAAGAGCUUAGUUUUUGUUCGCGCUGUCACAUUAGCACGUAACUAAACACCCCACCAACUGCCCCCUCUUGGACAACGAGGUUUAUGAGCGUCUAAUUUAUAGGUGGGCGUUUUCAAAAUUGACUUGAGACGCAGACAAAUUUUCAUAAGUUCAUCGCGUGAGGAAUCCUUGGCGUCUUCGUCGAUACCUACCUUCCAGCUAAAAUGAGAAAUGUACUGACGUUUUUUCCCUAUAAUCGAUUCAUUCAUUCGACAGCCCUCACGUUAUUUGAAUACAAAACAGCAAGGAUAUCUUAAAACGCCAAACCCGAUCGUUAGUCGCGAGCGACUUUCUUUCAAUAAGCCUAGAAAGGUACUGAAAGCAAACCCGCCGGGAAAAUUCCUGGCAUUGUGACAUUCUCGGCCGAGGGGUUGUCCACACGUGCAUGACCAUCUUCAAAACAUAAUGCUGACCUAAAAUUUUGCCCCUUACUGCCAAAUCGCCAAACCACUUUUGUCUGGCCUUCUCUCUCUGUGCGACUUUCUUUUUUUGUCUCAUUCUAAGUCUUGAUUUUUAUUGGUUUAUAAGCUUACAUCUACUACCAAGUUCACUUGGUAGAAACUUGCGUUUCAUAAGGUCAUUCCUGGUUUGCAAGCAUUCAGUCUAAGUCCGGGCAGUGCGACCCCCUUUUAUUAUAAAUACGUACGUUUACCAUGCAGGCGGAUAGCCCUUGAGAGUCUGAAUGCAAGACUCUCUCAAAAGGCGUCUGGAUCGGAUCCAUUGGAAGCCUGGCCGACUCUAGACGAAGGCACUGCUCCUGGCCAAUCUGGGAACGGGGGUCUCGGAUCGACUCAGUCUCCGCCAUCAGCCCUGGCCUCCUCCGCUAUCAACGUCAGCCUGCCGCAGUCAGCGAGUGUGUUGUCGGAGGGGGAAGGAAGCCGGGAGGAGAACCGAGAUGAGUCAGCAGUCCAGGUCUGA